UGGACGGCUCUUCACAACUCUCCUCUGCUUUCUACGGUCUGGUACCACUCCUGCUUUCUCAGUCGCUGGCCGUCUGCUGCUGUCACUAUCCUCCUUCGCACCUAUCGCUUGUCCGUGCUUCCAUUCAACAUGUCUCUUGCUGCGCUCGCCGUCUCCGCCUCCUUGGCAAGUCUUGCGCUCGCCGACGUGAAUCCUACAGCUCCGGGUCCUAAUCAGUCGUUCAUCGCUGGUUCCAAUUGCACCUUGGAAUGGGAUGCUGACACGAGUGGGACGUGGAAGAACAUGUCGAUAGACUUGAUGUCGGGCUCCAAUGACAACAUGUCUACGGUGACCAACGUUGCCUCGGCGCUGGACGGUACCGAUACUAGCCUCUCGCCGUACAACUGGACUUGUCCUGAAGUUGACCCGUAUUCUGCGAUCUACUUCUACCAGUUCACGAAUGGCGGCAACGAGUCUGACUCGCAGUGGACUACUCGAUUUACGAUCGCGUCUUCGUCGAACACGAGCGUUUCUCCGGAGCACUCUCAGCAGCCCAACGGUGAUCAGAUUCCUUGGGGUGACGGCGCGCUCGCUUCGUCGAACACCACGACCACAGCGUCAAUCUCUGCCAAUGUCACCUCUGGCACACAGUGGUCUGCCUCGACUGUUGGGACUACGGCUAGCCAAUCAGACCAGUCUGCUAUUCCCGCUGUCAAGAACGUGGCCCAAGCUAGUGAUGGCAACAGCCAGAGAGAUGCUACAGGCGGUCAGGACGACUCCGGUGAUCAGGACGAAGAUGGUGGGGACGACGGCGACGACGACGACGACGAUGAUGACGAUGAUGGCGACGAUGACGACGACGAUUCUGGGGAUGACGAUGACGGUGACGAUGCUCGAGACACCGACUCAUCGAACCACAAGUCUUCCAAAGAUGAUGGCAACUCGGAGGGCGACGAAGGUUCAGCUGAUGACUCUGGUAGGGAUGGCUCUGACAGUGACGGCCCUGGCGACUCUAGCGACUCAAACGACUCCGAUGGUUCUGGUGACUCUGGCAACUCUGCGGACGACCCGGACGACGGCAAUUCUCGCACGUUUACAAGUACCAAGACGUUCCACCACAUGCAUGCCACACAGACUCCAGACCCUCAGAGCAAGGACGCUUGGGCUCCAACUCGGACGACGACCGCAGCGACGACCAAGACUCCACUACGGACUCCUUCAUGACAUCGUCUCGCAUGGUCAAGCAGCACAGCUCGAAGGCCACCGACUCCAUGUCCACCCGUUCUGAUCACCCUCGCGCUACCGACACCGGGUCGCCCGAUCCGACCCUCAGCAUGCCUACGGAGGCUGCGCGAGACGCGAAUACCGACUCGGCACACGCUUCGGCCUCAGCGUCAGCCUCUGGUGCAGAGACCACUACUGCGGAUGGACUGGGCGACUCAAAGUUGGCGAAUGCUGGUGCCCUUGGCAUCUCGGUCGCUGUGGGACCUGCAUGGCUCUACCUCAUGCUCGUCGCUGUGGGCAUUGCCCCUCAGCUCUGAUUACUGUAACACUUGUAUAAGAGACAGUG